CGGUGUGGCAAGUAACGCUUAUUAUCUAUCUCCCUACCAGGACCGUUUCGGCAGACAACACUUUUGAUGUUUUUUCAUUAAAGCCACAACACCCUUUUGUUCUUCUGAGUUGCCCCCAGGGGAAAGGGAAAUCUUUUUUGGAAAAGGAAAGAAGGAAAAGAAAAAAAAAAGAACUGGUUUGGAACUAAAUUAUUGUAUUGCUAGCAGCUCGAUCCAGAGACAGAGGAGAAGGAAAGGUGUUUGGUAUACUUUGCAGCACUCUGAUCGCUCGUGUGUACGUCGUUUUGUGUCUACUUCUUUCCCCCCUUUUCGUUCCCUCACUCUGCUUUUUGGGGAGUUUAAAUUCGUCUAAUUAUGGGCACAUUUGGAUUUACUUAUUCGAUCCCAUGGUAAAGGAAUUUUUACUUGCAAACAGGAUUAACAGCCCUCUGAAGGGAAAGGGUAAAGGACAGAGGCAAAGAAAAAAAAGGCAUUCUUAUUUUUCUUUAGCCAAAGAAUACAUCCUCGAAAAGGUGAGCUACCCCAGAACUACUUUGUGCCUGCCACUAGUGCAAAUGACAGUGAGAUAUCUAGUGAUGCCCUUACCGAUGACACAAUGUCGAUGGCUGACAGCAGUGCGGAAAGCAUUCCUCCUUAUCGAGGCAAAAAGCAGCAACAACGAGAAAUCCACAGAAGUGUGAGCGCCAAUGGGCACAUCACAUUGCCUUUUGUGCCAAGAACACAAUGUCCCCCUCCAGGGAUGAUACCCUUGAAACCAGCAGAAUUUGCAGCCAAGUUGAUUGCGGCUUUGGAGAAAGUGAAGAGGCAGAGGGAAGCAGAAGAUGAAUUGGAAGAGCGACUUCGACGUCUUAAGGAGGAUGAAGACAGAGGAGGAUGGGAACCAGCUGUCAAUUCUCAUCAACAGCAGUUGCUACCUCAGCAUGAUCUUCCACCUGCACAUGCGUCCACAAACGUUGAUGAUGACCCUCAGUCCAUCCUAGACAAUCACCUUUCAAGAGUGUUGAAGACACCAGCUGUCCGAUCACCAGGAUCUCAGUCACCAGAUGGCCAGAGGAAGGUCAAAGGGCAUGGUCAGAUAUCUUUGAAUCCUCUCCCAAAGGUUUUGAAUGCAUUGUCAUGCUCAUGCGGUGAACGAAGUCGGUGCCCAGGCUGCUUGGAGCUCCAAGAAACUGGUCUAAAACCUUCAGCAUAUCAUUCAAGCAGCACCUUGGGAUCCAGAAGUGGUCGUAAGGGAGAUAUGUCAGUGCAGCACAAAGCUAAAGAAGAGUCAUAUGGUGCACUUUCAGUGCCCAGUGUAAGUGAAGUGGAACGUAGCCACAAUAUCUUGCAGUGGGUGAUGGAAAGUGCCAGAAUGUCAAAGAAGCACUAUAAGGAUCCCUUGAGUAGCCCAGAUGUGGUGAAGAAGGUUUCCCAUCGAAGUCUAAACCAGCCAGCCCAUCCUUUCCUUCAGGACCCAUCCAUGCCUCCCAUGGCUGCUCCAGAUACCCUUGUCCAGCUAGAAGAGGCGCGUCGCCGUUUGUUGGAAGAAAAGGCCACCAAAAUGCAAAAACCAAGAUGUUUACAGUCUACAACACCAAAAGAUAGAAGUCGAGGGCAUGAAGGAGCUUUGCCAGUCUCUGGAAAUAGAACCCAGGAAGAGCACAAACCAAAGAAAACUGAUUCAGAUGGCUGCCUGGCAAUAGCAUACUACUUCUGUGGUGAACCAAUCCCCUACAAAAUCCGAACAAAGGAACAGAAACUAACGCUGGGAGAAUUCAAACAACUACUCAGCAAGAAAGGCAGUUACAAGUACUACUUUAAGAAGACAAGUCAUGACUUAGACUGUCCAGCUGUUUAUCAGGAAGUUUCUGAGGACAGUGAUGAACUUCCGUUGUAUGAGGACAAAGUGAUAUGCAAAGUAGAACGUGCCUGUUAAUGUGGAGAAAACAUGGUCACUUCCUCCUCAAGUCUUAAUUUGGUGGGGCCAGUGUCGUUCAUAAGGAUCUGGGCCAACAAGAAACUGGUGCUUGUCUUCUUGAUGUUUUGCCCACAGUCUUUUUAUUUUUUUUUUUACAUCUAUAUGACCAUGUUGCUCAAAGGCUUUGGUGCUACUGGAAAAUGUUUACGAUUAUUGAGAUGUUUCAAAGUACUGAGUGACUGUCUUAGCAGAUGGGAAAGUUAUUUGUUUCAGAAGAGGAUAAAGCCCACAUAUUGGACCAUUCAAGAGAGGUGUAACCAUCCAGAAUUAGAAACCCUGGACUGUGACUGGUGAAUGUUUUAUAUGUUUUUGUUUCCUGUUGUACAGGAAGGAAGUCAGUAAAAAUGUUAGUGGCAUGUGAAGAAAGUGUGAAAAAGAGUAAGUGAAGAAGAUAUUUUGUAAGAUUUAGUUAUUUAAUUGAAGGUAAAAAGUACGUCUGUUGAGCUGUUGGGAAUGUUGCAAAGGAAAUUAUUAGGACUUGUUGAAAAAGAAAGCAUAUGUUCAGAUUGAUUUAUGGUGCUUUUGUAGGAGAGUCAGAAAGUGGGAGGAGCCGUGAGGGGCCAGAAAGUAGAAGGAGCCAUGAAAGUGCCACUAGAAAUUGCAUUUGCACAGUCAUUUUUGGUAUUUUGGAGUAACAAAACGUUUUUUUUCCCAGUUAUCUAUCUCUGUAUACAAAAAGAUGCUGCAACACCUACAGAGUGGUGGCACGGCAACCCCCUUCCUUAAUGACAGGCUGAUGUGGGGUGCAGAACUCCCAACUUAAUUGCUGUAGUGUAUACUGCGUAACUUGGCUAACCACUUGAGUACAGAUUAAAUUGUUAAAUUGAGUUUUCCUCCAGUCUUUAGUGACUGGGCCUGGUAAAAUACAGAUGAUUUUCUGUCACUUGAGAAGAUCACUGAGCACCCCCCCCCCCCAAAAAAAAAGAAAGUUCCCAUGAGUCUCUGUGAGAAACAUGACUGUGUGAGUUACCUAGUAUUUAAAACCUCCACCAUGCAGAAAAAUGUUUACUUGAAGCUAUCUAUGCAACACAAAUAAAUAACCUAAAUAUUAGUAUGCCUUCAUACGUGAAGAAGUCUGGGCUGUGUGAUUUACCCAACAAUCUGAAUAGUGAAUUAAGAUGUUUAAAGUUUCAAAGGUGUUGACAUACAGUUAGUAAACACCAGACAAAUAUGUCUUAACAUAUUUGUUUCUGUGGAAUAUUCUGCUGCCUUGACUGGUAUACCAAUGAUUUGUGCACAAUUUUGGUAUUAAAAGAACAGCAGCUAUUUGAGGUCCAGAAUUUGAUUCUUAACAUCAUCUCAUAAAUUGUGACUUGGAAAUUCUGUAGUUUGUUCAUGCCAUCAACUCAUGCCAUUUCAUCUUUGUCUCUUUGUGUUUUGGCUGACACACCAUCUUCUUUCCUAACUCAGUGGUUUGUUCUUAAUUCUGCAUAGGACUAAUGACUGUUAUGAGAGCCUUAUGCAUUUUAUGUUAAUGACAAGUUGCUAUGUAAAAUUAGUGCUUCCCUUCCCUACACUGCUAAAGUGGUUCCUCCAAACUUUGAACAACUUUUACUCGUAUCUCUGUAAGAUGUGACUUCGGAAAUUGUCAUACAUUUUAGGAGUCACAGUUACCACCAGCAGACUAUGUUUUACUGGUAUCUUUGUGGGCAUGGGACAUCUGGGCAUGUUGGGUACAGCAGUUAACCCAUUUCUGAAGGUGAAAUGUCAUAUGUUGGAUUAGAUCAUCAUCAUUAUGAUCAGUUUCACUGUUUUAUACUUGGAGAUUUGUUUUUAACAAUUAUUCAGUAUUUUGAAAGGUCACCCCAUCUUUUCUCAGCAUGGCAGGAAUGAAUAAUAGUAUGCAGUACAAUAGUAGUUGUUUGUUUUGUUUUGUUUUUUUGUUUUUAAGCAGUCAUGUGCAAGCAAGAGUCACUGCUUGGUGUAGCUCUUACAUUAUGGACUUCCUUGACUCUGACAGGCCACAGGAUGACACCUUCAAAAUAACGUGUUUGCCUUUAUGCAAGAACUUGUCUAUGCAAAAAAAGGAGCAUAUUGUAAUGGAGAAUGCAAGGUUAUUUAAUACAUGGCAAAUUACUUUCAUGAUUUUUUUUUACAUGCAGUUAUCAUCCCAAAUGUCUCUUUUCUUUCCCCCUCAUUGAUUAGUGGGCAUUAUCCUUUCCCAUCUCAUGGUUCGUAUGACAUAUGUCCAUGUUGUAAUGCUUAAUGGUUAAUUGGGGACACAUUUCAUCCACAUAUCAUUGUUGUAGGAGUGUCACCAAGUCCUCUUGACCUGUAGCUUGGACUGAAUUGUAUUAUAUGAGAUAAAAUUCCAUCAACAUUAACCUUGUAUUUCACUGUUACGUUUGAUGGCCAUCUGGUGAAAUAUAAAUAUAUUUACAUUUGGUUUGCAUUUGCAAACCGUGAAAUAUAAAAUCACUACAGUUAAGUGAUCCCUUUAUGAUAAUCUCAUGAGAAUUUCAAGUUAGUUUUUAGUACCGUAUUCUUUACUAUAACUGGUAAACUGAUUGGAUUAAAGACAACAUUUUUGCUUUUUAAUAGCAAAACAGUUAACAUUGUCUUUUUUGUUUAGGUCAGGUGGUUCAAUCUCAAGAUCUGGUUGCCUCUUGCCAUAUAAGCUGUUCCCUUUUGUGUUUAAUAAUUAUCCCAGUAAUGUGUAGGUUAUAAAUUACAUUUGCAAGUGGAAUUAGAACCACUGGGAAACAAACUGACAAAUUUGUGUAUUGCUGAAUGGUUCAAUAAGAAUAUUUUUUUAUUGAGAUCUGGUGUACAUGGCUGUCACAUUGUAUGUUUUUUUUUUUCUAAUGAGAGGAGUAAUUAAAAUGGAUGGAUGAUGAGUAUUAGAAAAUGUUACCUCUUAGGAGUCCAGAUGUUAUGCCAAGUAGUUGAUGGUGCAUCGUUUGUUAUUUUGGAGUUGAGCUGUAGAUCCUGUGCAGCAUCCAAAUCUAGGUUACAGUCAUGAACCGCUUCCCCCUCAGAGACUGUUGUCUCUGAUUCUUUGUGCCUGUUGCUGAGUAACAAUGUGCCGAUAGUUUGCAGAAUAUAACACAAGAACUAGUCCUAGUAGCAACUUUUGUGGCACAUAAAAUGUAGGUUCAUAGGUUAGCUUUGCUUGCAGGCCUUUUUUGAAGUGAGCUGUUUUCCCUUCAGAGGUGGGAAUCAAACCAUGCACCUUGUAUCUGUAAGGAAAAUGAGCAUGUAUUCUUUGAAGUGCUGUUCUUAAGUCUCUCCAUUUUUUGUGUGCCACAUAAGAUGCUACAGGGCUUCACUGUUUUGGCACCAGUUGUACCAUUAAGUACCACAUCUAGUAAUAAGAAUAACCAGUUCUGUUGACCACAGACAAUCCUAUGAAGAGUCUUGUAGUGCAAGAAAAUGUGCAGGUUCUGCAUAGGAGUACCCUUGCAUGGAAUACACCAUUGUGACAAGGGCAAAAUAAAGCCAUAUUUUGUAUUGCUCUGUUUUAAGGGCUUAUGUGCUUCCCUUUUAUAUUUUUGUAAGAGGGUCAUAUAUGUAUGUGUAUGUGUAAAUGUAUGUAUAUAUAUAUAUAAAUAUAUAUGUAUAUAUAAUAUAGUAUUCCUCAGCAUUGCUUUGAUCUGUCUUUUUAUCUAAGGAUCUAAGUUGCUUUGUAUAUUUCAGAGAUUUUUAUGAAAAAGUUAUCAUUGUAACAGAAACUGUAUUAUACAAAGUGCUGAAAUAAAGUUAUAUUUUUCACUCUG